AUCUAUCGAUACCUUACAAAACCUUGUAUGAAGAACGAGGAGUUCAGAGUUCAGACACCCCGACAUUAACCGUCCCUCUGUAUAUACCUCCCCAGAGACAGACAUAAUGAGUGGGACUUCUGUUUUAUAUGUAGUGGUUCUACUUUUGCUUGUCAGCGGGAGCCACAGUCAAACACCUUCUUACACCUGUACUCCCCAGCCAGGUAUUCACCCCACCGUGGCUUCAGAACCCCCGUUUCCCGUUGUACCAAACACGUUUUCCACUAAACUAGAGGCCAUUAUUGUGGAUCGCAACGAGACGGUCUCUGCGGAAGAAUACUUCGACGAAUACAACAACCGAGCCGCUCUCUUUAUGUUAAGGGGUGAUCAGAUCAACAAGCUUAUCUUUGAUUACAACACCGAGGAACUAUUUUACGUCUACCCUAAUGGUACAUGUAGAACCACCAAUCUAACGACGGACGACAACAACCUGUUGUUUGGAAACGUUAAAAUCGAAGGGGGACUUCACGUGUUCUCCACAAAUGGCGCCAUUCAUUUCUCACAAAAAUAUGGACAGACAUACAUGGGUAAAAAGGUGAUUCGAGGAAUAAACUGCGACCAGUGGAGAACGUGUCUGACCUGGCAACCACUGCAGUCCACAUUUACUCUGGACUACUACUUUACAGAUCAGAAUUGGAUAACGUCCUCUGGGUACUCUCAGGUUCCUGUCCGAGCUGAGAUAUUCGGGAUACAACAACAGUCCGGCGGGAAUCCUCGGCAGUUCCACCAUAUCUACGACUACACAGACUUCACCACAACACUGGACCCCAGAACAACAGUGUUUGAGACCCCCCAUUUCGUUACAUGCACUAACCGGACUCAGCUGAGAAGCGUUCCAUCUCUGAAGUCCGCCUUUUCGUACAGAGAGGAAAUAAUCUCAUCUUCAGGAACCACAAGUAAUUCAGAUGUAUGGUUUGACUCCACCUACAAACUAAUGAGAUUAGAUUACCGACCAGCUUCUGGGUCCCCUCCAUACUACAGUAACGACACAAUUACCGAGAUACACGACUACAGCAUAGGUGUGGCUUACGCUAUAGACAAGGUAAUGCAAAACUGUUCGAUCAUCCCUCUACAGAACACCUCGUUUGACGCCUCCAUCACUAAUGUAUCAACUGGAGUAAACAAACAGCAGUUUAUUCUCAAGAUGAAGAGUCCCAAUGACCUGUUUUACCUCGACAAUAACUACACGUAUACUGGCAGACGUAGAGCCCGUGGUCUGAAUUGUGACGUGUUUAUUCGUACCCGCGAUGAUUAUCCUUUGGGACCCUUCAAAAUGCAUGCGAUUUUGGAAUUUUACUUCCUAGCUAAUGACCAGAAAGAACAAAAUAACGCCGGAGCCCUCACACAAACCUCAAAAGAUGUCCCAAUCCAACUGAAUGUCUUCAUACCAGGGGAAUCUAUUACCUUGACCUACAACAUUUUCAACUUUGACCCCGAAGAUCCAGAAAUCACGAACUUUGACGUCAGCACUUGUUUUGCAGCUGAUCAAAAGAUUACAUUCAAACUGACAUAUUAUGGAACGUUUGAUGCGAACGUGAUUUCUUACAAGCAAAUCUUUUUAUUCCAAACAAUAUCAGCCGUGGCUAACACUGCAGGGGUUACCCCUUUACGAGUCUCUAACCCCACAAUGUACAUGCAGUCGUCACAGGCGUAUUUCGUGGCGACCCUACUGGACAAGGCCCCCACAAUAAUGAGAUAUCAGAAGAUUCCUGGGAAGGUCGUUCAGUUCCACAAUGACGCCGUUAUUGGAGGAAUCACUUCCGCUUCCGAUUGCGCAGACACUUGUCAGACGUUUGGGAACUGGACCUGUAACAGUUUUGAGUACUGUCCGUCGUCACUGACCUGCACACUAAGUAAAAUCCACACGGCUGACGGCACCGUCACGGACUCCACUCAGAUGUGUGAUCUCUAUGACAGAACACUCGGUACGCCGAGUUUUGCCGAAGUCCCUCUUAGUACGGCUUGGAACAAUCUUAGGAAUGCAGUUGUGAAGAAAAAUUUCAAAAUACAAGUGCAAUUUGAUAAAAGCGUUCAGACGUAUACCGCUGAGACCAUCAGCAAUAACAUUCUGGACAAUCCAGCACAAGCUGCAGUCUCGACAAAUGUUAUGAGUAACUUUAAACUGAUGACAAACAAAUUCGUGAAGAACUUUGACAUCGACAUUCUGUCUGGGAUCUCGGUAGACGACUGUGCGCAGGCGUGCAUGACGGCAUUAAAUUAUGUCUGUAACUCAUUUGAAUAUCAGUACGCAACAAGUUACUGUUUGUUGUCCACGCUUCACCCUGACGAAAAUCCUUCAUUGAUAACGACCAAUGUUGGAGUCGACUUGUUUAUUCGUGAUUAUUCUAACAAGUUUAUUGAGACUCCAGGAACAACCGUUCUUUCAUCGUCCAAUGCUGUUUACCAACAGAUCUUCGACACAAACCAGUGUGCUAAAUUUUGUGUAGACUACCAGGGAUUCCAAUGCAAAUCAUUUGAUUUUUGUCCAGAUAUAGGAACUUGCUUUCUAGGGAAAUCGCAUGUUUAUGAUGUCCCUAAGUCUCAGAUCAAACUAAAUCCGAUGUGUAACCACUGGUCAAGGAAAUACAUCGACGACUUCAAACAGAGCAAGAUUAACGUGAACAUUAAAAUGAUCAACGAUCGUAUUAUUACUGGAAUAAGUGUGAACCAGUGUGCAAAGUCUUGUGUGGAUAUGGAGGGCGGAAGUUGCGCGUCGUUUGCAUUUUGUAACACCGGGUCAGAGUGCAGAUUGAGUACUUCUGCUCUAAGUAAUGUAGGACAAGUUGGACCAUCGGCUGUAGCGACAUGUACUGUAUACAGCAGACAAUCUUUCCCUGAUGGCACAACAUACAUUGCUAAUCCGCAGAAAUACUAUGGAAACUUGAACACGCCUUCUACUGGUGGCAUCUCUAAAGGUGGCGCUGCGGGUGUGGCCAUAGUGAUGAUAAUAGUUGGGGUCCUCUUAACUGCCUUAGUUCUGUUCUUGUAUGUUAAGUUCUACAACAGAGGAGGGGACGAUAUGACCAUCAAGUUCUCACGACAGGUGGACGAUGAAUAAUCACUCAUUAUUUCACGAAAUCUCACCAUCCCAGCGGAUACAGAAGGCAUAAACCACUCUCUGUAUCUGAUGAGCACGUGUUCCUUGUAUACAACAUGACUUAUUGUGCAAUAUCAUAAAUAUGUAUCAUUUUGUUAGAGAUUGUUGAAAUUAUAUCGCUGAGUGCAAGGUAAUUAGUGUGUAAAUGUUGGUUUCAUUAUUACGUAAAAACGUGUUUGUGUUUUGUAAUAAAU